AAGGAACAACAGUUUGGGAACAUCUGAAACUUACUGUGGAUAUACAUGCUGUGGACUGAUUUCGAAGGUAAAUACUUAUAGAAACUGCCAGCAGAGAAGCUUUUAAAAAGUUUGAUUAUCUUUAGCCACCUUGCAAUUUAAAGUGCCAUACUCCAUUGUGGGACUGUUUCACGUAAAAAUGAGCCCUGGCAAUUACAGGGUUAAUAUAACUAAUCUGUUUGGCUCUUGAUGUACUUAUGUGACACUUGGCCAAUCCUAUUAAAGAAAAGCUGUUUUUAACCAUGACGGCCAUUGCUAAAUCAUCUCUUCUAUCCGGUUUUAUUCCAGAAAAGGAUUACAUUAGAUGCAAAAAAGAACUGUUGUUAGGACAUGCAAAGAAGGCAACCAUCCAUUGCUACAAUAUUCCCAUGUCCUAUUUUUUUUUUUGCUGUGUCAUAUUUGUUUUGAUCAUGAAGGAUGCAUGUAUCAGACGAAAAGGCCCCUAUGCUAAUGUAAAGAAUGGAGAUCACACUCACAGUCUGAUUGAUAUAUACACUGGAACUUGUUGCUUCACUGUUCCAGAGAGAAACUCUGACCAAGAAAAACCCAGCUUUGUGUAUUCAACAACAAAAACGAAUUACAUUUUCCUUAACCUCAAUGUUGGAGGAAAACAGUUUCAGAUCAACUGCCAUGCAGCAGCACGAUACCCUGUUACUAGAAUUGGAAGAAUGGCAACUUGUGUUGACCCAAUCAAGAGGCUGGACUUUUGUGAUGACUUCUCGGUGCAGAGGAAUGAAUAUUUUUUUGAUCGGGAUCCAUCUGUUUUUUGCUAUAUUUUCCAUUUCUAUCACAGUGGUAUUCUAUGGAUAAUGGAUGAGUUGUGCCCAGCUAAUUUUCUUGAGGAAUUAGAAUAUUGGGGCAUUAAUUUCAACUACACACAGAAAUGUUGCAGAAGUCUUUUUGAAGAACAUCAGGAUGAGAUGAAUGAGCAUCUUAAAAUACAGAGGGAGCUUGAAGCCGAAAUUGAUUAUCUUGACCACGAAAAGUACUUUGAAGGCAAGUGGUUUGGUGGUGUACGGAAAAAAAUUUGGAAUCUAGUAGAAAACCCCUACUCAUCCAUUCCAGCCAAAAUCAUUGCCAUAGUAUCCAGCAUUUUUGUUUUACUCUCUGUUGUUACCAUGUGUCUAAGCACAGUAGAGGAACUGAAACACAUGAAUGUUUAUGGUAAAUCUUAUAUGGAACAUGUGGAAGUUAUCUGUGUCAUUUAUUUCACCACAGAAUAUAUCAUGAGAUUAUUUUCAGCUUCAGAUAUAAAACGAUUCCUGAAAACAGUGUUGAAUAUCGUUGACCUUAUUGCUAUUUUGCCAUUUUACAUUCAGGUCAUAUUUGAAAGGUUCUCAGAAGAAGCAGACAUACAUGUACACCGUGAUGAUAUUGAAAAAAUGGAGCAAGUAGGACAGUUCGGAAAGGUGCUAAAAAUUAUCUGCCUAAUGCGCAUAUUUCGGAUACUAAAACUGGCCCGUCAUUCCACAGGGCUCAGAGCUUUUGGUUUCACCAUCCGCCAAUGCUAUCAACAAGUUUGUUGUUUAUUCUUGUUUAUUGCCAUGGGAGUGUUUACAUUCUCUGCUCUUAUGUAUUCUGUGGAGCAUGAUAUACCUGGGACCAAUUUUACCAGCAUUCCCGAUGCUUGGUGGUGGGCAGCGGUAAGCAUUUCCACGGUAGGAUAUGGAGAUACAGUUCCUGAUACCGCUUUGGGACGUAUUGUAGCUUUCCUUUGCAUAUCUUUUGGGAUCAUUCUAAAUGGCAUGCCAAUAUCCAUACUCUACAACAGAUUUUCUGACUUCUAUGCAAAGCUGAAAGCACAUGAAACUACCAGUGUCUGGAACCCUGGAACAGAAAUCAGGCUGAAAGAGAGAAUUCUUAAGAAGAUUACAACAUGCUUUGCCCCAGAGCAAAGAAACAGUUAGGGCCUAUUCAGACCUUGGCACCCUGGCGUAUUGCAUUAACGCAUUUUUUUUAAAGUUACAUGAUGGACCUGACAAUGCACCAAAAUGAUCAAAACAAAGACCUGCAUCAAUUUUGGCAUACACACCAUAACACAAAGUAGUAUGUUACCGCGUGUUGUGGUGCGCUGCAAUACAUGUGCAUUGGCACUGCAUUGACUUUGUGUAUUGGGGUGAUGAAUGGCACUGUAAUGUGCUAACGCAUUUAACAUUUAUUAAUGUAAUACGCACAUUAACAUGAACAUUACUAUGACACACCGCGCUAAAUGUCACAUGUGUCAAUCAUAAUUCUGAUCCCAUAAACAUCUAUUGAGCCGCACAUCGCUGCAAAUCCACUAUAAGCGAGUAUGUGGCAGUCUUAGCUCAAGCUCCAGCCAGGCCACACUCCCCCCCCCCCCCCCCCUCCAAACUUGUUUAGCUCUGCCCCAAUCACACCACACAUAUGAGGUAUCCAUGAAAGUCACAGCGAGGACCAUAAUUCUAUUAGCAGGACUCCUAUACUUUUAAAGCGUCGCCUCUGGAUAAUUAAAUUUACCAUCGUUCGUUGCCAUUCUACAGACAUGACAUUCUAAUGAAAUGUUGGCAUGUGUUUACUCGACACAACAUCAUCUUUUAUAUAUUACCAAAAUGGCAUCUUACAGUAAACCUAAAAGCAAAAUGAAUCACUAAUCCAGCGCUUAUGGAAAAUAAAUUGCCAUAGAUAAAAACAUAUAAUCAGCUGCUGUAUAUACAAAACAAUCAAUAUCACAUAUGCUUAAAAUGAUAACACGGUUGUAAUCAAUAAAGCAAAAGCAGCGCUCAUUCGGUGUAUUGCAAACCUUGCGUCCAAACAGUUCAAAUUAAUUACACCCUGUGACAGGUGAGUCCAUAUAAAACGUUCUCCUCUGGGUGUUUCUUUGGGGAGUAAUCAGGUGUAUAUAUAAAGAAACCUUCACCACACCUCGUGAUAUCGCUCCCCUCAAAAUUUGCACUCACCAGAUAUGCAAAGUAAAUACGCAUUUUGGUCAUAACUUUCACAUCAUGUCACUCGAGAUCAGGAUCUUCCACCGUAUCUCAUAACAAAGGGAAACAGAAUUCAUAGUGUAAUCAUGUUAAGGGGG